AUGGAUUUCUUUAUGUUAGCAAUUCUGAUCAUUGUGGGAGGUUUUAUGGUUGUGAGACUAUGGUAUCAUCCAGUUUUCUUCAGAGGGAAGAAACUGCCUCCAGGCUCCAUGGGAUGGCCAUAUAUUGGAGAAACAUUGCAGGUCUACUCAGAGAAUCCAAACAUCUUUUUCUCUGCUAAACAGAAAAGAUAUGGUGACAUAGUGAAAACGCAUAUUCUAGGAUGUCCUUGCAUAAUGAUAUCAAGCCCAGAGGCUGCAAAAUUUAUUCUCGAGAAGAAAGCUCACCUUUUCAAGCCCACUUUUCCUUCAAGCAAAGAGUGCCUUCUUGGCCCUAAUGGUCUGUUUUUCCAACAAGGAAAACACCAUGCACGCCUCAAAAAAACUGUUGAGUCUUCAUUCCAGCCAGAGGCUAUUGCAGGCAUUGCUCCAGACAUUGAGAGCAUAGCUCUCCAUAACUUGAACUUGUGGGAGGAUCGCACCAUUAUUACUUUUCAGGAGAUGAAAAAGUAUUCUUUUGAUGUGGCAACUCACUCCAUAUUCAAUGGAGUAAAUGAUGGAUCCCUCGAAGAUCUCAACAAAUACUAUCGCAUUUUGGAGAAGGGUUACAAUUCAUUUCCCAUAAAUUUCCCUGGAACUCGUUAUAACAGGUCCAUUAAGGCAAGAAAGAAGAUUGGCUUAAUACUGAGAAAAAUAAUGGCAGAGCGUUUAGCGAAUAGGAAUGUGACUCACAAGGAUCUACUAGAGUCAUUAAUGGUGUUCAAAGAUGAAAGUGGCCAACCCCUAGCGAAUGAACAAAUAGAGGACAAUGUAGUUGGUGUUCUGUUUGCAGCACAAGAUACCACAGCCACUGUCCUCACAUGGCUCUUAAAAUUCUUGACAGAUUAUCCAAUGCUUCUGGAGGCUGUGACGGCAGAGCAAAAGGCCAUUAAGGAAAUUAAGGGAAACAGAUCGUCCUUGACACUAGGAGACACGAAGAAAAUGUUCCUGACAACCAGAGUUAUCCGGGAGACAUUGAGGGUAGCAACUGUGUUAUCCUUCACAUUCAGGGAAGCUGUUGGAGAUAUUGAGUACAAAGGGUACUUGAUUCCCAAGGGUUGGAAGGUAAUGCCAAUCUUCAGAAACCUCCAUCAUAACCCAGAAUUUUUCCCAGAUCCCCACAAGUUUGAUCCUUCCAGAUUCGAGGUGCCUCUGAAGCCAAAUACUUUCAUGCCAUUCGGUAAUGGAGCCCAUUCAUGUCCUGGGAAUCAACUGGCAUUUACAGAAAUGCUCAUUUUAAUCCACCAUCUUACUACCAAAUACAGGUGGGAAACAGUGAGGAGUGAGGAUGGGAUUGAACAUUCUCCCUUCCCCAUUCCUAAGCAAGGACUUCCAUUAAGACUUAUCCCUAAAUCUUUGACAACUUCAACACAGAGCACCAUCUCACUGGAGGUGAAGCAGAAAUGGGCAAAGCCUCGCAUAGAGUAGAACACCCAUUUCUGAUUAGCAUAUCUAUCGUUUGAGGAAAAACUUUGAAAGCUCCAAUAACUUAAAAGGCAAUGCAUUUACACAUAAAGAACUUGUAUUUCAUACCAGCUGUUGUUCUCAUCUCUUUAUCUUACA